UACUCGACAUAUACGGGUUUGAGUCCUUUGGACUGGAAAAUGGACUGGAGCAGCUCUGCAUCAACUACGCGAACGAGAAGCAACAACAGCUCUUCGUCCAGCAGGUCAUAGAGGAAGAGGUGGCCCUGUACACUAGAGAAGGAGUCACGAGCCCGGCAGUUGCAGCAAGAAACAAGGCCUCUCAUCAGCGCUCCAACGCAGAGCAGGAGACAGAACAGCAUCUGACAAGCGAAAAAGCAAAACCGCCGGGGUCGUUCAAGGCAGAUCUUGAGCUCAGUCUCCUCUCGAGCUUGCCCGACACCUCCGCAUUGCUUCGCGAUUUACAGGAAGGCGUUUUCCGGCGCCUCGAUGACUCCUGCCGACUCCUGGCCCAGGGGCAAGCAAGAGACGACACUCACUUCUGGAAUGGCCUCUUCACUUACUGCGCCUCCACGCAGCAGAGCAUUCAACCGCACAAACCUCUCCACCUGAUGCAGCGAAGCAGCAACCCAGCUAACAAUGCGCGUGACCAGCACAUCUUGUUCUGUCUCAAAGGGACCAACGGGAUGCAGGCAGCUGAGGCUGCGGCCAGUGGAGCUCUACUGCAACAUCUGCAGCAGGAAUAUUUGACUUCUAUCGGCCUCGUAGGAGCUCAGCAGCUCCAGGCUCGAAAAGGGGGAGGAGGAGUUAUGGGAGGCACAUCAGCUGCAGGCAAAGUGCAGGAGAGGGUAUUUGCUGUCAAACACUUCGCUGGUACUGUUAUGUAUGGCACCGAUGGAUGGCUUGAACUGAACAACGACAGAAUCGAGCACGAGCUGGAACAUCUCGUGGCGACGUCUACGAAACCGUUCUUGCGGCAGGCGAUGCAGCAGCACGACCAGAAUCAAAAGCAGGACGGAAUCAGCGCACCAGCAGCAGGAGGUGGUCAAUUCUCCUCGAUAACAAAACGUUUCUUGAAGAGUGUAAAGGACCUAACUCAAGAGUUACAGGGACCUCACAUGCAGCUUCACUUCAUCCGGUGUUUCAUCCCCAACUGCGGGAUGAAACCUGACAAGUUUGAGCGGAAGGUUGUGUUACACCAGUCGGGUUUCCCUCACAGAAUGCCCCUUCGUGCACUUGCAUCCAGACUGCGCAAGGUGCUAGGACCCCUUAUAGCGGAACGGCUAAAGGAACAAGAGGAAAAGAUGAAGAAGCUCUCAACAAAUGUGAACCUGCAGCAAGAAGAUGUCUCAAGGGAGAGUCGAGUUCUGGAAACGCUAAGGCACUGCAACCCUGUUACAGUCAGGGACCGCACGCUAGUGUCGGCGACACUCGGACUGCUGCCUCAAAGCCAUCCGGGAUCUUUCAUUUGUGGCGUUUCUCUUGUUUGCUUCAAAGCCGCCGUUUAUGGAGAAGCUGCAGCGUUGAUGGCUGAUCCGGGAAACUUUUUUAAAACACCCGAAGAUGUGUGCCGACUUAUCACAGCUAUUCAGCGUCUGCGGUGGCGUGUUGCGGUUCGCAUCAUUUUGCAUGUGCACCCCGCCCUACAGUGGCUACAGCGAAGGGCCUUUUUGAUGAGGAGGAUCAAGGAGGCGGCGGUCACUGCAGCUGUCAGGAUCCUCUUGCUGAGAAAACAUGUUCUGAAGCCCCUACGUGAAAGUGUCCAACGCCGAAUUUCAAUUCGCCAUGCUCUCAGAACGUUGGAGCUGAUAUUGCUACGCCGAGGUCUACAAACGUGGCGCAAGUGCAGCCAAGUAAUAGUCGCGACAGCAGCAGCCAAGCCUCUCCCACCUCGGCAAAAGCCAAUUGAAGACAAAAUUCCUCCGAAAACCGCGAGUCUUAGCGGCGCUGAAACUCCCAGUGGGAGGAACGAGGGUACACGGGCAACCGAGGGAGAAGAAUGCCAAUCUCACCCAGGCAUCCCGGUCUGGAAUGCUCGUUUAUUCCUUCAAAACGAUCUAGGGAAAGAGGCCCUUGCUAAGGAAGGCCGGGUGACUCUAUUUCCAGGACGCGAUCUGUACUUGGUCCACUACGACGGUGCAGAUGAGUCAGGUUCAGACGUGCUCGCUGCACAACAGGACAGUAAGCAGCGCCCAGUGCAAAUUGAGAAGCUUCCUGUUUUGCCAUCGCUUAUGCAAAAGGAGGAUACGCACCACAGUGAUCUCUUUUCCGGGCAUAUUUUCGGUGGGGAAGGCAAAGUGGCCUCCGCACCACAUGAAACCAGCAGUGGAACGCCUCUUGUGACUAUUGCCAAGCAUCCGUCUUACACGAGUAUAUACGUGGCAUGCACCGCCGCUGCUCAACUGCUGUUGCUUUCAACUUCGCUGACUGCUGACUCUGGGAUGGAAGAGAGCUAUGCAGCGGAGGACAAGACAGAGGAACCUCUAAAAUGUGGCACCAAACUUUAUGGAGAGCCGUCGACUUCGCUACCUUGCCUUGCUUUCCCUUCCAGCAUAUCCAGCUCGCUAGCUUCUCCCCAGUCACUUCACAGUGGUGACACUAGCGACUCCUCUGGAUCCACGAAAUUCUGCUGCACAAUGGAAAAGCCUUCACCGUCUUCAUUUGCGCUUCCCAGAACCUUGUCAAAAGAACUGCCAUUUCCCAAGAAAUAUUUAUCGUCGAAUCCAAUUCCACCAGGGAAAUGGUUACCGCGGGAUCUUCUAGACCAGGUGACCCGGGCUCUCCAACAGCAUGCGGAUGCAGGUCAAGCACGACCCCCCACUGUGCGGCCCCUCAGUAUCUCCUUUGCAAAUCCACUCACAGCUGACUAUGCCAUUGUGGUGUGCCUCGUCCAAGGCGGCAGCAAACAAAGCACCAACAACAAGAGCAGCUCUAUGGGGAAGCUCAUUGUUGUCCUGGUCGAUUUAUUGCGAAGAUCCCCAGCCGGCUGGAUUCCACUGUUCUUCGCGUCUCAUGACAUUUCCAUUUGCGCACGCCGAAACUGUGCAUUCCUUCAGCAACUCUCCGAGGCAACUAUCAGCGGCCAUACCGAACACAGCAGCAGCGCUUCUGAGGAGCACCAAUCCUCGCGAUCCCAGCGGCCCGCAGCUCGCAGCCGCAGCCGCAGUACCAUGCUCUCCACAGUUCGCCUACAGCCUCUUUGGGGCAACCUAUGGGCUGUUACAGGUCCUUCUCUCUUGGCUGUCUUCUCGGUCAACCUCAGGUUCCUACAUCAUCCACCAGCGGAGGUGGAAGGCCAGAUUGGCACCAGAGACCCUCCGCUGCGCCUACUAUGGAACAUGCCCUCCAUCCCG